AUGGGAAUCGCCCAAUGGCGCGAUUCGUGCGGAGAUCGACCACAUACUGACCAACCGGAGCCACACGAUGGAAAAGAACAUCUGCUAUCGGCAACGAAGGAGAAAAGAAGUCGUCUACGACGAUUGCGUACUCGACGACACCUUGUCCUAAGAGGAUUACAAGUCUGUGCUGAGUGUGCCUCGAAGCCGCGCUUGAUAAACUUGGAUCGAAUUUCGAAGACCACCAAGGAAUUGUUAGGAAGAAGAAGAGCUUUGAGGCUUGAUCCGAAUGCAUCGCACAUUGAGCGGCAGAAGAAGAUUCUGGAAUCAGCACAAAGAAGAACGAGUCUAAAGAAGUGCUGCAGGGAUCUCCGCGAAUAUAAUAUUUCGCUAGCAGCCUUGCUGAGCGAAGACGGGACUCGCACGUCUUCUCGUCGUGAGAUGGAAAUCAUUACGGAGAGCCCGAUCAUCCCCACUGGUGAAGCUCCACCACGCAUUUCCCCUUCGGAAAUACGAGUCGCUCUCAAGAGCAUGGAACCUGGCACAGCCCCCGGACCUGAUUUUAUAUCAGCAGACUUUCUUCGGGCUGAAAGAAAGGAUCCCAAACCAGUGAAAGACAUCGCGAACGGUUCUUAUCCACAAGAAAGGACGCUAGAUGAAGCCCAGCCUCAAGAACAAGCUGGAUUCCGUCAGGGGUUCAGCUGCUUGGACCACAUCCAGACAGUGUCGAAGGUCAUAGAGGUUUGCCGGGAAUACCGCCUGCCCUUUGUGCUAACCUUCUUCGACUAUGAGAAAGCCUUUGACAGCGUGGAAACGAAUGCAAUACUGUCAGCGCUGGUCGAUCACGGUGUGGACGCGUCGUAUGUGAGGACAUUAGCCAAUUUAACGAUCGAUGCACGACUAGGAUACAGCUUUUCCACCGCCGUCUCACCAAACCGAUUGGAAAGGGGCAGGGAAGAAAUAGGACUGCGAAUAAAGAGAAAGAAGACACAGCUCAUAAAGAACGCGCACUGCGAGGACGGAGGAGUACAACUUGAAGGCUUCCAAAUCGUGGAAACUUCGUCAUACGUAUACCUCGGUCGUUCUAUGAACAUGGAAAACGACUUGAAGGAAGAACUGAAUAGAAGAAUGAGAGCACCAUGGGCAGCAUUCGCAGCCGUCAGGGAAGCUACGGACCAACUGACGGACCAAGAUCUUCGUGCCCAUCUGUUCGACUCGACAGUUCUUCCAGCGCUCUGUUACGCAGCGAGACGUGGGCAGAUACCGCUGCCACGUCUAGGAAGCUACUUACUACCCACCGAGCCCUUGAGAGAUGCUUUCUGA